AAUGAAGAAGAAGAGGAACAACAGCAUCGCACUACAGAAGAAGAAAAAUGACGUAAAAUUAGCAAGAGUUCUGUACUUAUCUUUUUCAGAGAUUGAAUCAACAAUGUCAUCGGUUCAGUAUCUAAGAGAGUUCAUCAGCGAGCGACUAAAGACUGCUGCUGAAGAAAUAUUCUUAAAGCUGGAGAAAACAAUCAUCCAGUACGAGGUAGAGAUCGACCGUCAGCGCAGACUGCUGGACGACACCUGGAAACCCGAAAUGCAGAUAAAUACAACAGAUGUUCUACAUCAACUUAUCUGUAAGGAGGAGGAAGAGGAGGAUCUUGCUGUCCAGCAGUUUUGUAACCAGGAGAGCAAAUCCUGUCUGGACCUGAAAGAUCCAGAGCCUCCACAGAUUAAAACGCAUCAGGAGGAACUUGGCGCCAGUCAGAGAGGGGAGUUGCUUGAGCUUAAGUGGGACACUGAUACCUACGUAGGAACUCCAGUUUAUGAAGAAAAUAACCACACUGAAUCAGGGCCCAACAAUGGCCAGCUCUUCUCUCACAGAUCCCCAAUAUCUGACAUCCAAGACCAGGAACAAAGCCAACACUUGGACUCAAAAUCAACCAGAAAUGCUGAACUGAAGCCAGAAAGUGUAUGUAACAUAAAUUGUAGUAACAAUGUAGAAAAUCUCAUAUCUGAAUGUCAUUUUAACACUGAUACUGGUAAGAAGUCUUUAAAUUGCCAUAUUUGUGGAAAAACCUUUAAAUGUAAAUCCAAUAUGAAGAAACAUUACAAAGUCCACACGGGUGAGAGGCCGUAUUCUUGUAAAAUAUGUGGCAAAGGGGUUAGAGACAGUGACAAGUUGAUGGUCCACAUGCGGACACACACAGGUGAAAGACCCUAUUCUUGCAAAAUAUGUAAUAAAAGUUUUGCUCAGAAUGGUAGUUUAACUGUUCACAUGAGAACCCACACGGAUGAAAGGCCAUUUUCUUGUGAGAUGUGUGGGAAAAGUUUCAGAGAUAACAGUAAAUUGCUGGUCCACACGAGAACUCACACAGGCGAAAGACCGUAUUCUUGCAAAGUGUGUUGGAAAAGUUUCACUCAAAACAGUCAUUUGACCGUUCACAUGAAAACUCACAAACGAAUGAGGCCGUAUACGUGUCAAACAUGUGGUACGUUUUUCACUAACAGUUAUGAUAUGUUGCACCAUGCAACGACUCACAGGCAAGAUAUUUAUAGGAAAGAAGAUGAAAUGAGAGAAUGGAAGCAUGGAAAAUCAUAAAAAAAUUGAAAACGGUUUAAAGUAUUUAAGAUGUUUUAAACCUUUUUAAGAAGUUUAAAGCAAAACGAUUUAAAGCAUGUUUUGUUUUAGCAACAGUCCUAUUUUAUACCAUCUCAGACUGUAGACACGUUUAUAGAAACUGUACAAUAAAAGCCUUUAACUUAAAUGUCUUUACAUCUUUACAUCAAGUCAAUUUUACCAUGUCAACAUGGUGGCACCUCAUUCAUGUGAUGAACUUAUUUAAUGAAGUUUAUUUAUAAGCAUGUGUUUAAUGCAAGUAAAUGGCCAACAUGUGUUGUACUGUUUAACACAUGAAACAACACAAAACUCAGUCUGAGCCGAGGAGGAAAAAGUGGGAUUUUAGAUGAGUUUUAGAAUAGAACAAACUCUGUCACCUCUGUGUUUUGAUCAGCUGAUCAGCAUAAACUGUGUUUUUUUUUUAGCCUGUUUCUGGAAAAUGAAUUUCUCAGAAUAAAGUGGAAGUUUAAUUUUGUUCAUUUUAACAGUUGCAGUACUGACAACAAUCACUACAGGAUUUCUUUUAUAAUAAAGAAAUUUACAAGUAAUUUGAAUAUUGUCCACUGUUUUAGUUAAAAUAGGGUAACAGUGUAAAUAUGAAAAAGCAUGAGAAACAGGUAGUUAUAUCAUCCAUCUGCAUCACUGUUAUGUUUUGAAAAAGGAUUUUUUUUUUCUACAUUUCCUUUAUAUGUAAAAUUUACGUUUUCUCAUUUUGGUUUAUGCUGCUGCUGAAUAUCGUACAGGAUGUCACCUUUAGGUUUUUUUUUUUUUAUCAAAUUCAGAUUUUAAAAAAUAUUUUAAUAGGUUUUAGUUUUUUAAUGCUUUUUAAGAUUUAUACAAGCCAACCUAAUGCCUGUUAUUCUUGCUGCCAAAUGGCAUCUUAUUUUUUUUCCUGUGUUUUAGUUAAGAUUAACAGUUGUGGAAAAUGCACAGUACUGUACAGUAUAAGUAGUUGUAUAAAUAAACUUUAAUUAUUCAAACUCA